AGCGAGUCCACGAGUUCAGGGAACCAGACCAGUGCACAGGCGGAGCCAGCAAGGCUAUAAAGUCAGAGCAGUGUUUACCACGCUUUACACACAUGAGAGUGAUGAUUUGACGGGUGGAAAUCACAGCCAGCAGGUCCACAAGUUACCUCCGAGCUGUCAAAUGCGACGUACCCCUCCACCCGGCGCUGCGUCACGGAUUACCUGCAGGACAUUCACCGUUCUCGGCGCAGCUCUUGCACUUUGGGAUUAAUUUACACACAAACGGAUCUUUAAGCCACUGUUAGAACAAAACGGAUGUCAGUGUGGUGGUUAGAGAUGGGAGAGGGUCUGGGGCCACUCUCCCCUGUAGGAUGGUAGCCGAAAGCACAGUGGAAGGCCUUGACAAAACCCAGUUGUCAAGCUCAUCGUCAUCAUCGUCAUCCUCCUCACUGUCAUCAUCGGUGGCCAGGCACGAGCUACCUCUAAGCCCGCACCACACAGAGUCGGCUCAGCUUCAGCGCCGGGUCGCUCCAGAUCCCAACCCCAGAUUGGUGUCCGUCCCUUCCGUGUAUCUGACCCACUUCCCCACCUUCUCCUGCAAGGAGGACUGUGUGAUCAUCACAGACACAGCGUCCAAGCUCGAGCGCAGCUCCUUCUACUGGGGCCCUCUGGGAGUGGAGGACGCCCAUCGCAUGCUGCGGGACGCUCCACUGGGCAGCUUCCUCAUCCGCGACAGCCGGCAGAAAGACGUUUUCUUCACGCUGUCCUACCACGCCAAGAGCGGGCCAGUCAGCGUGCGCAUCGACUACAAGAGGCAAAAGUUCUCACUGGCAGGCAACGAGCGCUCCUUCCCAACGCUCUUUGCCCUCUUGGAGCAUUACAUAAAUUCUCCCAAGAAGAGCCUGAGCAUCCCGUACAGGAAAUGGAAGCCAACGCUGCAGGAGCUGUGCAGGAAGCGCAUCAUGGAGCUGUGUGGUGGAGGAAACCGGGUCUCAGAGCUGCCUGUCACCCAUGUUGUCCAAGACUUCCUGUUGGAGUUCCCUUACAAACUGUGACCAGCUUGCCUUAUAAAGUUUUUAUAGUAUUAUUUUUUAUUUCAAGAAUGCAGCUUUUACCAAGUAGUGGUGAACAGGAGUGUUUGGUAAAGCCUGCCCGUCAUAUGGUGGAUGCUAAGACUGCAUCACUGUG